AGUGACGAAGAUACACUCUCAAGACUCUCUCUUUCUCAGGGUUACAACAUUGUGUAGAGAAAAUGGGUUCAUGUGCAUCAGAUCCUGCGAUUCUGAAGAGUUGGAGAGAUCGUCUUCCUCCUACUUCUUCUAACGACAAAUACGAAUCCCCUCCUUUCUCUUCCGGUGGACACAACUGGAGAUUGGUUGUUUACCCUAAAGGAAACGAAGAGGACAAUGGAAUGGGUUUUGUUUCAAUGUAUGUGGAAUGUCUCUCAUCGACAACACCACCCAUUGAUGUGUUUGCUCAUCUCACUUUCUUUGUCUUUAGCGAGGAAGAAAAGAAGUACCUCUCUAUUCAAGAUGUUGAAGUUAAGAGGUUCAAUUCUUCAAAAACAGUUUGGGGAUUGUCAAAAGCUCUUCCGCUUGAAACACUCAAAGACCGUGCAAAGGGAUUUAUCUUGUACGGAGAAGAACAUGAGUUUGGUGCUCAUGUGAAGAUUGCUUCACCACCCGUCCCUGUUGAUUUGAAUCUCCCUUUUCACAAAUUCUCUUGGAGCAUUCGUGAUUUCUCUAAUCUGAAACAGAAUGAUUGCGUUUCCAAAACCUUUCACAUGGGAGAAAAGAAAUGGACUCUAACCUUGUAUCCAAAGGGAGACUCUGAGACAGAUGGCCAGUUACACCAGAAUUUGCUUUUAGCUGACGGUGAAACUUUAAUGAGGGGUGAGAUGAUUUUCGUGCGAGUACAACUGCAGGUUCUUGACCCGCAUGGAUCCAAUCACCUAACAGAAUCCCUUAACUGUUGGGUCAUGGCCUCGACCAGAGCGUAUGGUCUUCCUCAAUCCAUGCCUUGUGCUAAAAUUCAGGAGGCUUACUUGGACCGUGAAGAUACGUUGAAGGUAGAGAUCGAAUGUGAAGUUGUUAAGGCCAUCAAAAACAAUCCCUUCUUUUAGGAUAUCUGUUUAUCUACCAGGCCAUGUCUACUACUCUAGGAGUACUCUGUAUUAAGCGUAGAAUUGAAAUGUG